AUGAAUCAAGAAGCGGCCGCCGUCGAAGGAUGGAUUGAUACACAAGAUUACACACAAAACGCUUCAUUUCGAAGUUUUGUCGACGAGCACACGCGCUUCAAAUCCCACAAUCUUGUAUUCAAAGCACGUGUCCCACAAAGCAUUCUUCGGUCGCUUGGAGGCUGGUCAGCGACGGUCCAACAAAUGUCACUAAAAAGUGGAACGAAGCAAUGGAUUCCCGCUCCGGUCACCAUGCUUCAACAACAUCGGACAUAUCAUGGAUUGUGCUUGCUGGAAGGCAACUCUUUCACUUGUGCAUACGACAAAAAUCACAUCUUUGCAGCUGGAGGUUUCAACGGAAGUACGAGGGUGCGAAGCGCCGAAGUGUCCAAAAUACAGGAGAAUCAAAUGAACACCAGAAGGAUGGGAGUCGGCACUGUGUCAAUGUCAAUGCUCGAAUUC